AUGCGAACUUCAUUCACCUCUUCAUAUAUCUUACCGGGUAUUGUUUUGAACCCUCUCAUACUCCUCCACGGCUUCAACACAUAUGCGUCGCACUAUAUACCAUCAGCAAUCGCAACCGCAGCGUCUUCCUCGCGCUACAAAUGGUUCGAAGACUAUGGGCCUCAAGGAAAUCAUAUUCCAUACUUCUAUGUGCACACGAACGAUUCAUUGUGCUGGAGCUACACCGCAGUGAUGGUGGUCGUCCAAGUUUUGGCGUACAUCAAGAUUGUCGAACAGCAGGGAGGCCCAGGGACAAAUCCAUCUACGGAGGAAGGUAGAGAUUGA